AUGGCGACUGCAACGGAGGCGAGGCUAGAUCAACUCCCUUACGCUCUACUCGCCACCAUCAUGACCAAACUCGACAUCGCUUCCAUCUGUUCAUUAUCCUCCACUUGCUCCACCUUCCGCUCCUGCGCCAAACACAUCCUCUCCUUCCUCCCCAAUUUCCAUCUCAUCGAUAUUGCGCCUUCUGGUGACCUGCUCACACCCUUGCUGCCGCCUAAUCCUUACAUGAAGAGCCUCAAAGUUGAUUGUGACCGUCUCGAUGAUUCCGCGAUUUCUUAUUUGGUGAAACCAUCAUUGCACGAGCUUUCUUUGUUCAAUUGUUCUGAUUUUAGCGGGAAACUUCUCUCUGAGAUCGGUGCUCGAUGCAAGGACCUAAGGUCUCUUUACUUGGGUUCAGUUGCAGAGAAAAGAGGGAGGGCAAUUCACAUAUCUGAUCUGGAGGAGUUACUCACUGGUUGCUCCCAGUUGGAAGUUUUGAUUCUGAUGUUUGACGUCUCUCUCUUUCUACGUCAAAACUUAGCUCGAGUUUGGGCUUCUGCCUCUGAGAAACUUACUUCUCUUGAGAUUGGAUACAUUUCUUCAGUAACGGUGAUUGAACUGUUCAGCUCAAAUUUGGGAUCUCAUCAGCCACCUAAUCCUAUCCAACCAUCAAUACUUCCAGGAAUUCUAAAAUUAUGUCUUUCGGUGAACUAUAUAACGGAUGCCAUGGUUGCCACAAUAUCCAAAGGUCUCGUCUUUUUGACUCAUUUGGAUCUUCGUGAUGCACCAUUUGUUGAACCGAGAAUUACAUUUGAUCUAACCAACGCUGGUCUUCAGCAAAUUAAUCAACUUGGGAGAUUGAAACAUUUAUCAUUGAUCCGAAGCCAAGAGUUCAUAAUUUGUUACUUUCGAAGAGUUAACGAUCUAGGAUUACUUUUAAUGGCUGACAAGUGUGCAAACAUGGAGAGUAUAUGUCUUGGCGGUUUUUGUCGUGUCACAGACACUGGAAUCAAAACUCUCCUGCAUUCUUGCUCUCGUCUAUAUAAACUUAAGGUCACUCACGGGACUCAAUUAUCUGAUCUAGUUUUUCAUGAUAUCUCUGCAACAUCCCUUACUUUAACACAUGUGAGCUUAAGAUGGUGCAAGCUAUUAACCAAUCAUGCAGUUCUUAGUUUGACAUCAAACAGAGAACUUAAAGUUCUCGACUUGAGAGAUUGUAGGAGCCUUGGGGAUGAAGCUCUCCGAGCCAUUGGUGUACUUCUGAAACUGAAAAUUUUGCUAAUAGAUGGCUCUGAUAUAACUGAUGCUGGACUUUCAUACUUACGGCCAACUGUUAUAAAUUCACUAUAUGCAUUGUCUCUCCGAGGAUGCAAGAGACUCACCGAUAAAUGCAUAACAAUUUUAUUUGAUGGUUGUGGCAAGCUGGAAUUAAGAGACUUGGAUAUAUCCAACCUUCCUAACCUCUCAGAUAAUGGAGUUCUGCAGCUGGCAAAAAGUCGAAUUCCAUUUCUGGAUCUUCGAAUGCGACAAUGCCCUUUAAUUGGUGAUACCUCGAUCAUGGCGUUAGCUUCAAUGAUGACAGAUGAUGCUGGAUGGCAUGAAAGUGGUUUGCGCUUGUUGGAUUUAUAUAACUGUGGUGGCAUUACGCCACUUGCUUUUCGUUGGUUAAAGAAACCAUAUUUUCCAAGGCUUAAAUGGUUAGGAGUGACUGGAAGUGUUAAUAGAGACAUGGUAGACGCAUUAGCUAGAAGUAGGCCUUUCUUGUAUGUAGCAUGCGACGGUGAGGAGCUUGGGCCCGACCCGUGUGAUAUGUCUGAUGGUUUAUAUACACAUGAUUAUGAUGAGGUGGAUGAGUUUGAGCAGUGGCUUCUUGAAGCUGAUGUUAAUACAGAUGAUGAAGAAAUGGAUGAUGCUGAAGAUGUUGAAGAGUUGAUUAUGUAG